AUGCAAGACAAUAAACCAGAACUAAUUGCUGACUCUCACAUGGGGACUGAAUCUAUGGUGGCACAUAAAAUUAAAUGUGAUGGAUAUGUUAUUCACGGUUCAGAAAAUUCAACCGAUAAGGAUAUUCUCUAUUUCAUUGUGGAUCCGAAUCCAUUUCCAUCAUUUCAGGAUUGUUCUGUAUUUUGUCGGAGUGUGAAAAUUAUUGAAAAUGGAAAGGAAAUUGAGGAGAAUAGAAAUGUUGCACUGAUACAGGAUGGAAUAAUUGUAAAGAUUUACAAAGGAAAUGAAGAUGAAGCCAAUAAUGGAUUGUUGAAAACCUAUGCUAAUCAUUUAACAAAGCAAGAAUUUGAACAUCCAAUCAAAAACACUGUUGAAAGAGUUACCAUUUUGAAAGUUGUUAGAGCAUGUAGAGCUAUUCUCACCUAUUUCACCAAAUAUAAAAAGUACAGAGCUCAAAUUAAGGAAACUUUGAGAUCAAAUGAUUUUGGACAUUAUAUAAAAACAUUGAAGGAUAUAAUUGACAUUUCAGAUUCUAGUUUUUAUGAACUUGUCAAUAAUAAGGAUAUGAUUAAGAGUUUUGCCUUUCAAUUGGGUCAAACUCUUGCUCUCAUCAAGGGAGAUGAACUCUACACAAAGAAUGAAAUUGCUCAGGAGUUCCCUGAAUUGAGACCCAUGUUAAUGAGAGAACCCUCUACUGAGAAUACUUUCAAAAUUAUUGAAAGUUAUAAGACCAAAUUGGUGGAUUGUCUUGGAUUUGUAAAGAGUUACAAAGUGCCGAACACAACGUGGAAUAUUUUCUUUAGUGAUACCUCUCAUCCAUCUUUUGAUUCCAAUUUCCUCCUCUGUAAACAGCUCAAAGGUGUUAUUAUUGAUAUGAAGCCAGGAGUUGAGUUUUGUCAAUACUUCCCCUCUUUGGAUGAAAGCAUGUUGGAAGGUACUACCGAGUUGAUUCCAAUGCAUGUAUUCGAAAAAUCUAACUGUAAUUUAGAUAUUUGGAUUUGCACAGAUUACAAAAAUAAUCAAUUUCAAGAUAAUUCUGAAUCAACUUUGCAACAGGUAGGAAUUGACAGAAAAUCUUUGUUGGACAAGCUCUCCAUUGACAAGUCGUUUGAUUCAGUUUUCGGACUUGAUAUUUCAUCUCACGAAAUCAAAGUUAUAGGCAAAAGACAUUCACUCUCUCAUAAAAUAGCUUAA